AUGUACCAGUGUAGUAGAAUUUUCACGACCACAGACAUCUCCUCAGAUCGUGCCGAGCAGAUGAGUCUAACUGAUGCGACUUUCACCUUUCACCUCGGCAAUAGCUCGCACGAUUCCUCAGGCUUAACUUAUUCGCAAACCCAUACCAUUUCUUCUUCCUUUUUCUUCGUCUUCUUCCUACUUAGUGUGCUUAGAAUAUGUUUCUUGCUUCUUGCUUCGCUAGCGGUAACCAGCCGAGGAGGCACUUUGCUUCUUCGGGGACCGAGGACAUGUGCGCACGACUCGUGGGAGUUUUACUCUCGUAAAUCCACCACACACAACUCGCUUACCCAGAUAAAGCCAGUAGUACAUCAAGGUCAUGCAACGAAAGCUAUACCCUUUGACAGUGAAAGUUAUCAACAUGGAGAGCACAUAAGAGUCACACGUGACGUGGACUCUUCAUCGACCGACAUAAUGGCGAGGAAUCUUCUUGAAUGGAUCCAAGGAAUUUAUCGACAGGGGAUUCGCAAAACAAGACAAGACGGUAAUGGAUAUUUACCACCGUAUAAUGAUCAACGCCCGCUGGAGAGACCAAGACCAUUCCAGCCUGCUCCAUCACCAUCUCCGUCACCACCUUUUCCAUCACAAUCUCCGAGUUUGAACGAGGUGACUAGUUAUCCAGGACUCCAGCCGUCUCCAGGAAUAGGAAGCGGAUUCUCAAAUCCACCGCCUUUGAGCUACGGCUCGACUCCGAGACCGACGUACAUACCUACUUCUACAAGACAGCCUUCUUCACCGGGUUACAGUCCUUCGUCGUUCCCGACUAGCCCUGCAAGACCUUUCACUGGAAGUUCUGGAUUUCCAGGAAGUUCUACGACUUUUCAGCCUCCGUCCCCGACAUACGGAUAUCCUUCAUCCAGUGGUGGCUAUCCUAGUUCAGGAUAUCCGUCUUCACCGUCUCCUACUCCAGGAUUCCCUACACCUUCUCCAGGUUACCCAUCACCAAGUCCAGGAUAUCCAUCACCUUCUCCAGGAUACCCUUCACCUUCUCCAGGAUACCCUUCACCUUCUCCAGGAUACCCUUCACCAAGUCCAGGAUAUCCAUCACCAAGUCCUGGAACUCCAACAGAUUCUUAUGGAUAUCCUUCGCCAAGUCCUUCACCUUACCCUAGUUUUCCAACACCUGGAAGUGGUCCUACAGGUCCAGGAUACCCAACUGGUCCAACUGGACCUGGUAGCUCACCAACUGGUCCAGGAAGUACUCCUGGCGGAACUCCAACACCAGGUCGUCCUUCACCUACACCAGGCCGUCCUUCACCUACACCAGGCCGUCCUUCACCCGGACCUUCACCAACUCCCGGUUCACCAUCGCCUACACCCGGUGGAGGUGAUAAAGAUACCGCAGGUGGUUCACCAGGCGACAACAAUGUGUCUCCUCCCGGCGAUGACGAUGACCUUAAACAUCCUCCUCACAUUCACGAGCUCCAAGUUCAGUGCAGCAAGACCAUGAUGACCAUCGACAUUGAAUUCAACCGACAAUUCGACGGAGUAAUUUACUCCAAGGGAUUCUACAUGAUGCCCGAGUGCCGCUACGUCGCGGAAAACUCAGGACAAACCAAAUACUCGUUCACUGUGAACUUAGACUCUUGUGGAACAGAAUUCAUAAACGACUUCGAGGGCGAAGCAGGUCAAGCUUACCUCGAAAAUGUACUGGUUCUCCAAAAUGAACCAGGUAUCCAAGAAGUGUGGGACACGGUCCGACGUGUACGUUGUCUCUGGGAAGGAAACAUCAACAAAGCGCUGACAGUUAGCUUGUCUGUCGACAUGUUAAACCAAGAAAUCGUGACCUUCAGCGGAGAUACUGCUACCGCGAAGCUGGAUAUACAAGUUGGAAAGGGGCCUUUCGCUCCGGCUGCUACUGGUUUAGUUAAAAUCGGUGAACCCAUGACUCUGGUGGUAUCCGUUGAAGGGGAUCCAGGCUUUGAUCUUCAGGUUCGUGACUGCAUUGCACGCGAUGAGCCAUCAUUGAAUAUCGUGCAGCUCACUGAUGAACGUGGCUGUAUUCUCAAGCCGAAACUCUUCGGCGCAUUCCAAAAGACUCGCGAAACAGGCAAUACUGGUGCAUCAAUAAUAGCUUAUGCCUUCUUCCAAGCAUUUAAAUUCCCAGAUGUUAUGGACCUUUUUAUUGAAUGCAACGUUGAACUCUGCAAGACUAAUUGCGAAGCGUGUCCAGAUGAAAACCAGCAAAUUGAACCGGGCAGACGAAGAAGAGAUGUCUCAUACGCUCCAACCAACUCAUCUGGCGCUCUAUCGGACCCAAUUCGUAUGGGCCGAGGCUUCAGGGUAAUAAUGCCAGAUGACUUGAGUCUUGCCUCCAGUCAAUCUCUCGAGAACCUAGAAAAUACGGCAAUUAACGAAAUUAGCUUGACAAGAAGUGUUUGCAUGAGCUACAGCGGGUUCUACGGUUCUUUCUCUGUGAUGGUCGGAAUACUCGUCGCCUCGACGAUGAGCACCAUAAUUCUUUACACUAAAACCCAAAGAAUUGCAAGAGAAAAAUCGUAUGAUCUUCCCCAAGGUCUUAAUCAUCAUUGA